UCUCCCUCUCCAGAGCUGAAACAUACCUGACAAUGUUUCUGCCUUUGAAUUCGGCAACAAUUCAUUUUUAUUGUUCUAACAAGUGAGUUGAUCAUCUCCAGCUGCAAGGUGCUUUUCUUCACAAGGACUAGAAAAGAUCCAGACUAUUGAUUUUGCAGUCUACCUGAGGAAUUUUUGCUUUCUUGCCUGAAACUGGGUGAUGGAAGGAAGUUCGGGGUUGUUUGGCUGGUUGUUUGUUUUUUACUUGGGAUGCUAAAAAGUAUCUUAACGCCUGAAAUGGAACUCAAUUAUUAAAUAUGGGUUGAGUCAGAACUAAAAGAGGCAUGCCUAACCAUUACCUGCAGAAACAACCCUGGACACAUCCAGCAGUCAACUUGGCAGGAAAAAUGAUAUGUGAUUUACAACCGUCAUGCUUUAUUUUGAGAGAAUUAUCUGGCUCAUUGAGAAGGGAAGCUAAAUAUUAAGGACAAUGAAUUUUUUUCUCAGUAACUCAACAAAUGACUCUAACCUGUGGAGAGUAAGUCAUAAUUCCACGGACCUUUUAAAUUCUGCAGGAACUCUGAAUCUGCCUCUCUUCUGCCUGAUAUGUUUCAUGUCUAUCGCAGCUCUGGGGGGCAGCAUUUUUUCACUAGUUUCUCUGUUGAAACUGCAGAACAAAACUGCCGUGUCCACGCUUGUCGCCUCCUGGUCCGUGGAUGAUCUCAUGAGCGUAUUGUCCGUGGCUAUCUUCUUGGUUCUGCAGUGGCCAGAAGUGGCCCCUGGAUACUUCGGUUCUCUGUGCACCACGUCGGGCUUACUGUACUUGUGCCAGGGCCUGUCGAGCAACUUGAAGGCGACCCUGCUGAUGUCCGACAACUUCCGCGCGCUGCGCGGGGCCGCGCAGGGCCUGGCGGGCUGGGGCUGGGGCUGGGGCGGCGGCGGGGGCUCGGGCUCGGGCCCGGGCGGGGGCGGCGGCGGGGCGCUGGGCGCGGCGCUGGCCGUGUGGGCCGCCAGCCUGCUGCUGGCCGCGCUGCCGCUGGGCGGCUGGGCGGCCUUCGUGCGCACGCCCUGGGGCUGCCUGGCCGACCGCGCCAGCGCCUACGUGCUGCUGCCCUGCGGCGUCUACGCGGCGGCCUUCGCGCUGCUCGCCGGCCUCUCGGCUCCGCUCGCGCCGCGGCUGCUGUGCUCCGACGAGCCGCCGCGACCCCACGCCCACUACCAGCAGCUCUCCCGCGGAGCUUCCUCGCCCGGGACGCCUUCGGCCGCGGGGAGGGCGCUCUCCCCGUCCCCUGAGGAGGCUCCGCGGCGCGCCGGGGAGGGCCUGCCGAGUCCCGACACCCGCCUCGGGCCGGGCCCCCCCGCCGCCGCGGCCCGCGGGACACGGACCGCCUGCCCGCGCUUCUCCGGGAGCCUGGCGCAGCGGCGCUUCGCGUUCGUGCUGGCGCUGACCAAAGCCGCCCUGUGGCUGCCCAUGAUGAUCCACACGGUUGUCCAGCACGUGGUGGGAUUCCAGAGCGUUCCAGUGGAUACCCUCAGCUUUCUAUUGACGCUGCUGGCCACUAUUGUAACUCCGGUGUUUGUCUUGUCCAAACACUGGACCCACUUUCCUUGUGGCUGCAUCAUCAACUGCAGGCCGGACGCCUGCUCAAUAACAUCAGAUGGGGGAAAACCCAAGAGGAAAGGCUUUGAAUUCAAUCUGUCAUUCCAACAAAGUUAUGGAAUUUAUAAAAUAGCACAUUCAGAUUACUCUAAUGAUUAUCAUGAUGAAAAUUCCAUGUCCUAUCCCAACCUGAAGACCUAUGAAUGUGAAACUACAAAAGAACCUCAAAGAAACAACCAUAACAUCUUCAACACCAUUAAAGUAGAAAUCAGCACCACGCCAUUUGUGGACAGCGCCACAGGGACUGGCAUCAACAAAUGCACAAAUACUGAUACCACAGAGGUUGGACAAGACCCUGACAAAGAAAAUGGGGCCAUUUCUGACAAAACGGGAAGUGAUAUAAACUACAUAGAGACAACCAUUUUUGAAGGUGCAGAGAGAAGACUAUCUCAGGAAGAGAAUCAGAAACUAGACCUUACAGACUGGGAGUGGUGUAGAAGUAAAUCAGAAAGAAACCCCCGUCAGCGUCCUGGUGGUGGGCUUGCAAUUCCCUUGUGUGCAUUCCAGGGCACUGUAUCUCUCCAAGCACCUACUGGGAAGACCCUAUCUCUUUCUACUUAUGAAGUCAGCACAGAAGGGCAGAAGAUAACCCCAGCCUCUAAGAAAAUAGAAGUCUAUCGUUCUAAAAGCGUUGGCCAUGAACCAAACUCAGAGGAUUCUCCCUCCACAUUUGCAGAUACCAAUGUGAAAAUACACUUGGAAGUUCUUGAGAUUUGUGAUAAUGAUGAGGCCUUGGACACAGUGUCUAUCAUCAGCAACAUCAGCCAGUCCUCUACCCAAGUCAGAUCCCCAUCCUUGCGCUACUCACGCAAAGAAAACAGGUUUGUUUCCUGUGAUUUAGGAGAAACAGCCUCAUAUUCCCUCUUUUUACCCACAAGUAAUCCUGAUGGUGAAAUCAACAUCUCCAUUCCAGACACUGUGGAAGCGCACCGACAGAACAGUAAGAGGCAGCAUCAGGAGAGAGACAGCUACCAGGAGGAAAUCCAGUUGUUAAAUACAGCCUACAGGAAAAGAGAGGAAGAAAGCAAGGAGACAUAGGGAUUGUGGCAAGGCUGACUGUGUAAUAUUGAACUGCAAGACUAACACAUCUGUUCUGAGACUGACUUCCUUUUAUUUGUAGGUUUGCAUAAGCUUUACCAGGUUACUAGUCAACUUUUUUAGAAUGAACUUCUGGAACUAGUGUAUUCUAUGUGUUACCUAAAGAUCAUACACUGUGGUAACUGACGGCUUUUGUGUCUGUUUUGAUUUCUAAUAUCAAAGCUUGGCCUUAUUUUGCUAAUAUUUUUGCCUAUGUUUGUCAAAUGCAUAUACAGUCUCCAUGCAUAUACUUAUAGACAUCAUCUUGACUAAAGAGACAUUUUGAAUAUGGAAGAAAUGUACCAAGACUGUCACUGCUUUUACUUUAUGGUGAUGUUAAGGAAAUAGGUUUUUGUAUAAAAUGGAAAAUUAUCUUCUAACUUGGAACUAUGUAUACUCCUAGACUGUAGUUGUUUCUUCUAUUUCUAUAAAAUACAAACAGCUUAGUUUAA